UCCUUCCGUCGUGUAUCCUCGAUUGAUGUGGCCUCAGAUGCUUCAAUUGUAGAUUGGAGUAUUGAGCGAAGGUUACACCUACAGGAUAGGUUCUGUAUUACAGGCCAAUCUGACUCUACUAGUACCAAUAGGCAGCAUAGGGGAAAAAGCACUACACCUCGAAAUAGGAAUCAACAAGAGAAAAACUUUGUUAGAAAUUAGCCUUUCCUGAUUGGUAUCAGGGUUGGGAAGAAUGGUUAGGAUAGCAAACAACCAUCAGGUUUGUACUUUGGAUACCCUUAUAACCAUCAAAGGUCGUUGAAGUGGCUAAUUCCUCUAAAUAGGAGGCGUUGAGAACAAAGAAAUUCUUGGAGCUUUCCUCUAGCAUUAAUAGAAUUCAUUGGUGUUAAGAAAAACCUCUUGGGGGAAGGUUGGCUAGAGAUUUCUUGGAAAAAUACCAGCCCCCCUUCGGUCCAUAAUGAGAUGGGACUAAUUCUAUUUUUAUUCUAUAGAUUUUUCGCUUAGUACUAUGUACAGAAGGGAGAAGCCGUAUGAGAUGAAACCUCAUGUACGGUUUUGGAACGGAGAUUUUUUGAAUUGAAUAGA